ACAUUUCAGGCUAUUGAGGCAAGACGUCAGCGAAUGUCUGCAUGUGAGGAACCCUCAGAUGGGGUGUUGAUCAAAUUUAAAUAUCCAAAUGGACACACCAAUAUGAGGAAAUUCCGUUUGUCAGAGCCAAUCCAGAUCUUGUUUGACUUUGUGGGACAAGAUGAUAUUGCCAGUGAAAUCUUUGUGGUGCAAGAAGCUGCAUCAUCAAGAUCAGUUGAGAGUAGUUCCUCCGGGUCAAUAAUGGAUCAUGGCAUUAAAGCAUCCUCAACUCUAUAUGUGCUUUGGUUUUCAAAUAAGGAUGUACAGGAAAUUCUCUCAGAUCAACAAAAUGGAGCUUAUGCCCUACACCAUACAUCUCACGGUCAGUCAUCACUGUCUGAGACCUCCACCCAGCCAAGUCUCUCUGAGCCCCCCACCCGCCCUCUGCUGCCUGAGCCCCCCACCCGCCCUCUGCUGCCUGAGCCCUCCACCCGCCCUCUGCUGCCUGAGCCCUCCACCCAGCCACCGCUCACUCUGUUCUCACAACCACAAGAAAUCCUGACUCUUUAUGAUGAACCAUCACUCUCUCCUUCAUCUGUCCAAGAACCAAUCAUUAUUCUUGAUGAACAAGAUGAGUCGGUUUCACAGAAUCAGCCUCCUGUAUCAACACAUCACCUCGGAGGACCUGUGGAUGAGAUUGAUCUACAGACCAUAUUGAAAAAAAUGGUCAGCAAAGUUGAUGGGAGAUUCUGUCCAACAAGCAACCAAAUAAAUGUGUGCAGGGAUAAUGUUUUACUUUGUAGCCUGCGGGCAUUCAAGCGUAGGUUCUUCAACCCUGAAGCAAAAUUGGAUGUUGUUUUUGUGGAUGAAGAUGACAAUGGUGAAGGGGCAGUUGAUGAAGGCGGCCCGACAAGAGAGUACCUAAGGCUGUUGAUGAGGGCCGUCCACCAGUCAAAUAUCUUUGAGGGACACGAGAAAGACCGGCAGUUGUCUCUUGAUACUCAAGCUUUGCAGACUAAACUGUACAUGUGGGUGGCAAAAAUGAUUGCUGUGUGUGUGGUCCAUGGAGGAGUCGGUCCACAUUUCUUUUCCGAAAGACUUUUCAAUCAAAUCUGUGGGAUACCAACACCACCGGCCAUGGUGGAUGAAGUUUGUGACCAUGCUUUCAGGGAGCAGUUAAUAAAAAUACAGGAAGCAACAACAGUCCGAGAGGCGAACAGUGCAAUUGCAGAGGCAGCAGAUAGUCUCAGCAUUAUAGGUGCCUUAAGACAUGUGUCCAGCCUGGAGGAGAAGGACUCCCUUGUCCAGUCAGCUGCAAACUUCUUCGUCAAUGGAAGAUUGGCGACUGCCCUGGACCAGUUUGUUGAGGGGUUAAAAACACUUGGUUUACUGGAGGAGCUGAGGAAGAAUCCGGCAGUGUUCUACAACAUGUUUGUCAGUGAGGAGAUUCCACUGCAGGCGAAGGACCUAUGCACUUUAUUUGAUGUGGACUUCUCUGUGCAAGGCAGCAACAGGAGAGACCGAGAAAACAUGACAAUAUGCUUUUGGCGUGACUGGUUAAUUGAUAUUGAAGGCAUGCUAUUUAUUAAGGAGAAUGCAGUCCAGUCACCCUAG